AUGGGGUCUCUACAGGAAGCAUCUAACAAGAAGGCUCAUCACACAGAUAUGUACAACAGCUCUGAGCUGAUACUAAGGAGAGGACAGUCCUUCAGGGUAACCAUGGAUUUUAACAAACCCCUUGAGAAUUGGCAAAGCAUUGUAUUUACUGCACAGACAGGUCCUUCAAAUUCCCAGUCUCACAACACCAAUGUGGAGUUUGCCCUAUCUAGUUCGUGGAGUAGUGGGCAGUGGAGUGCUGUGCUUGAAUCCAAUCCAGGAAAUUCCCUGCGAAUCAUUAUUUCUAGUCCAGCAAAUGCAGUGAUAGGUCGAUACAACCUCAGUGUCCAAAUAUCCGUUAUGGGAGUGACCUCCACACAUUCACUUGGAAAAUUUAUACUUCUAUUUAAUCCCUGGUGUCUAGAUGAUGAUGUUUAUAUGGCCAAUGAAGAUGAGAGAAGGGAAUAUGUAUUAAAUGACCAUGGCAUUAUUUACAUGGGGAAUGAAAAGUAUAUUGCUAAUCUAGCAUGGAACUUUGGUCAGUUUGAAAACAACAUUUUGAACAUCUGUCUGGACAUUCUGGACAGAAGCUUGGGCUACCGUAAUGAUCCAAUAGGAGACUCAGCACAGAGGAAUAAUCCAAUUUAUGUGGGAAGGGUGAUCAGUGCUAUGGUUAACAGCAAUGAUGAAUAUGGAGUACUGGAAGGAAAAUGGGAGAAAGACUUCAGUGAUGGCAUUGAUCCAAAUAAUUGGAAUGGAAGUGUUGAAAUCCUCCAUAAAUGGCAAGAAAGUGGUUAUCAGCCUGUGAAGUAUGGCCAGUGUUGGGUAUUUGCUGCAGUCAUGUGUACAGUACUCAGGUGUCUGGGAAUUCCAACCAGGGUUGUUACUAAUUAUUUGUCUGCCCACAACACUGAUGGAAACCUGUGUGUUGAUCUGCACUACGACCCUGACGGAAAGUUUCUAGAAAUAUCAAAUGAUAGUAUUUGGAAUUUCCAUGUCUGGAAUGAAUCCUGGUUUAUGCGCAGAGAUCUUGGCCAUUACUAUGGUGGCUGGCAAGUUCUGGAUUCAACUCCUCAGGAAGAGAGUCAGGGAAUAUACCGCUGUGGCCCUACAUCUGUGAAUGCAGUUAAACAAGGAGACGUCCAUUUGGGCUAUGAUACCCCAUUUGUGUUUUCUGAGGUUAAUGCAGACCGAGUAAGCUGGGUGUGUUACAAGGAUGGCAGCAAAGAGAAAGCUCACUCUGAUACCAAAUCUGUGGGCCAAUGCAUUAGCACCAAGGCAGUGGGCAGUGAUAACCGCGUGGACAUCACACACAACUAUAAGUAUCCAGAAGGUUCCUCCGAAGAAAGAGAGGCAUUUGAAAAAGCCAACAGAAAUGUUCCAAAUUAUAAAACACCAACAGAGAGAAUCAGCGAUGUCCGUAGCAACACAGAUCGCCAUGCUAGAAAUGUGCCAUCGCCACAGCCUCCAGUGCCUACAGCAAAUACUACAGCACCAGCAGCACCAGCAGAACCAGUCCCCCGUGGUCCAGAGAUAUCAGGGAAGUUCCGUCUACUUAGUCCUCCAGUGGUGGGAGAAGAUAUAAAUCUCUCCCUGAUUCUGAAGAACCUCACUCCUUAUCAUAGACCAGUAAAAGUGAAUUUAAGUGCUUCUGCAAUCCUGUACACUGGAAGACGUGUGAACGACAUCUUUACUGAUCAAAAAUCUCUUAUUAUCAGCCCGAGUGAAGAGGCACAUAUAUCUUUGCAGAUUCCCUUCUCUCACUAUCAAAGGCGUUUACAAAAUGGAAAUAUGAUCCAAGUGGUUGCCUUGUGUGAGGUUCCUUAUGGUGAGAAAGUGCUUGUAAGGAAGGACGUAGUCUUGGAGAAUCCACCAAUAAUUAUUAAGCCCCUCAGUAAACCGCUGCUGCACAAACAAAUGGCACUGGAGGUCAGAUUUACCAACCCCCUCUCUGUCGGAAUUUCUGACUGUGUCCUCAUCGUGGAAGGCAGUGGUCUGGUUGACAGACAGCUCAUCGCAGUAGUGCCAUUCCUUAAACCCAAAGAAAGAAUACGUUUCAAAGUGGACCUCACACCUUACAGGACUGGAAAAAGACAGCUAAUUGUCAAUUUCAAAUGUAGACAUUUCUCAAUUAGAGGUUACCAGCCAUUGGAUGUUGAAUCUUGGUAA